AUGGCCGCCCCCAGUGCGCCAGCGACCUCGACCGACGACUUUCCCAGUUCCGCACCCUCUUCACCGUCACCAGCACAUGGACCCUUGGACGACAUGGCGCAUAGCGUCUCCGAAACCGACCAUGUCAAGAGCUCCAAUGCGCCCGACUUGGACCUACCGCCCCUGCCCACUGACGGCGAAGACAGCUUCCUGCAGCAAGACUUUAACGAGGGCAACACGCAUGCCGACGGCAGUGUGCUCACGGACCACGAGAUGAAGCGCCAGCUUAUGGACCUCGAGUCGAGCUUCCUGCCCGAAGCCCCUGCGCAGGCCGAGGCAGCGCGGGGUUUGUCUGGAGCGGACGACACCUACCUGUUCGGCGGCUCACCAGGAACCGCGCGUCCACAGUCGCCCGAGGCACAGUCCGACGCCGACCUGCAAAGGGUCAUGGCCAAUCUGGAAGAGAUGACCAAGCCGAAGAAGAAGCCCAAGAAGCUCGAGGUGCGGAGCGGAAACACGCCGACCAAGCCCACCCAUGACCCCGACUCCUCGAUCCUGUCCGACGAACCACCCACGCCGGCGGACGCAUACAAGACGCCCGCGGCUCGGCGGCUGGACUUUGGCGAUGAGGACUCACCGGAUGAUGCUGCUGCUGCUUCAACCUCAGAGGCCGCGCCGUCCUCGCCCUCUGCGGACGCUGCGCUGCGCAACCAGUCGCGGACAACCGUGGGAGGCUCUGCCGACGGCAACGAGUCAGGACCAGACGGCUCAAGCGAUGCGCAAGUCUUCGGAGGCGCUGAGAUGAAAGAAGUGGACCAUUCCCUGCGUCCGACGUCGAGCGCCUCGACCGUGAAGGCCCCGGACUUUACUCAGCUCGAAGAAGCAUCGUCGCUUCUCACCUCAGAUCACGACCUCAGCAUGGAGAGUCUCGCCGUUCCUCACCCAGCCUCCGCGUCCCUAACGUCACCAAGCUCAAAGAAGCGACCGAGCUUCCUGCAGAACCGCCAUUCAAGCCAGCGCUCAUCGGUGUCUUCCUUCACGAAUCGUUCAGAUGCGUCUGGCGAUGGUGCUAGUACAGCCAGUCUCGGCGCAGACUAUGCCUUGCAGACAGGCGGCGCAGUGCCUCGAUCAGUGCCACAUAGGAGCAGCCUAGGUCUUUCAAGGCUACCCAGUCUCGGCAGCAUCGCAUCGUCAAUGUCUGGGUAUAGUGACACCAAUCCUUGGGAAAAGCAUCGGAGCUUUAGUAACAACUCGCUCUCUGGCCUGCUCCAUCCGGAUGCAAGUCUGGGCCGACUUGAUGAAGAACACCCCGGCGUUGGGACCCCUCCGGAGACGCCACGUGCUCCAAGCGUGCAGGCUUCUGCUCCAACCGACACUGUCAUCGCCAGACACGUACAGGAUAUCCAGGUGCCCGAUACUAUCGCUCGCGAGUUCCGUGCAAAGCAUUCGCGAUCACCGGAUAAGCGACACAUGGCCACUCCUUUUACGCGGAGUAAACACAACCUGACCCUCAAGGAGCAGAACAGUAAAAUCGACAAGCUCAGCAAAGAGAACUUCGACCUGAAACUCAAGAUCCACUUCCUUGACCAGGCGUUACAGAACCGAUCUGACGAGGGCGUCAAGGACAUGAUCUCCAAGAACGUCCAGUUACAGACCGACCUUGCGACUGAAAAGAAAGAGACCCAGUCAUUGCGGAAAAAGCUACGAGAUCUCGAGCGCAGACUGAAAGCGCACGAGGAAGGACUGGUGCCAACAAGAGAGAUCGGCAGUGGCUCUGACGAUGGCAAGAGUGACGGCUCGGAGCGACAGGCUGAGCUCGAAGAAGAGAUCGAAUUUCUCCGCGAGCGUUUAGAAAGCACAGAGACCAUUGUCGAGCAGUGGAAGCAGGAAGCUCUUCAGAAAGAAGCUGACACCCGGCGAAUGGCAGACUACAUAAAAACCAUGAGGGACAAGAGCCCAUCAGGAGAAUCUGCUAGCCGCGAUGAGGCUAUGUUGAGAGAAGACAUUGAAGAGGAACGUGCUCGACGUGAACAGGUCGAGACCCGAUGCCAGCAAGCCGAGAUUGAGAGUGAAAACCUUCGAGCUGAGGUGCAGCGACUGAAGACGCAGAACGCACAACUGCAGCAACAACCUGCGACGAACCACCACAUCAACAAAAUUUACAACAGCACUCGGCGAAUCCAUCAGUCGUUUACAUCUCGAUCUCAGUCAGGCUCCGAGGGCAACAAUGAGCAGGCCGCUCCACUGUCUAUUGGUGGCACAAGCGGAACCUUGGUCGAUCAGUUGCAGAGCGAUAACGACAAACUGCAGCGCGACCUCCAUGCUCAGGUCUCUAUGCUUACCUCGAGAAAUCGCGAGAACUUGCGCCUCCGUGAAGAGAACGAAGGCUUGAAAUUGACCAUCCGUCGUGGAGAUGCCGGAUCGGUCGCCGGCGACAGUAUCCUCGAACGAUCGAUAUCGCGCAACCACAUGCGGUCUGUAUCUAGGGCGAGCGGUGGCACACGCGUUACCCAGAUCAGUGACCCAGAACGAGAAGAUCUCGAAAGCAAGUAUGCUACACUGAGGGACGAGCUGUCCCAAAUGAAACUGUCUUACAAGGAACUCGAUGAUCAACUUAACGGACACUUGGACAUGCUGGAAACCGCAGAGAACAAAGUUACAGAGCUUGAGAAAGAAAUCGAAGCUUCCACAGAGGAUCUACAAGCACUUUCGAACGAAAGAGACGAGGCUUUGGAAAUGUUGCAGGACAAGGAGCAGGAGUGCGAGGAACUCAGACAGGAGGCACUCGACACAGUCCAGCGACUCGAAAACGAACUUGACCAGAGACAACAAGAACGCGAACGACUUAUAAUCGAGCUCGAAAACACAACGGAGGACUUCAAUGCACUGCAGCAAGAGAUGAAGAACGUAAGCGAGAGUCUGUUGAAUCUCGAGGACGAUCGAGACGCUAGUCUGCGAAAGAUUCACACUCUGGAGAGCGAGCUUGCAGAUGCCAACCACGAAUUGGGCAGACAAGACAAGCUUCUCAACGAUGAGAGAUCAAAGACAGAAAGACUUGAAGUUCAAUUGGAGACCUGCCAAGGGGAGAUUGAUUUCCUGCGCGAGGAACAAGAGGGAGACAAGAUAAAGAUUGGCGAGCUGGAGUCUGCGUACAACAAUGCUCAAAUCACCAUACAAGAUGGCAAGGAACGCCUGCGAGACCUCGAAGAGCGAUUUGCCGGGGAACGUCAGCAGCGUGACGUACUGGAGAAUCAAGGGAAGCAGGAAGCAGAAAAGAUUAUCAACGAGCUCAAUGGACAGCUGUCCAAGCUCAAGGAAGACGCCAGGAGGUUACGGAAAAAUCUUUCAAGCAAGGAAGUAGAGGCUUCAACCUGGAAACAGCGACUCGAGGAGCUUGAGCAAGGCCUUCGUGACUCUCUCGGCAACCCCAACGGGUCGAGACCCAGUCUUUUCAAAAGCUACUUUGAACGCGAGCGCCAGGCCCGACGUCAAGAGCAAAACAAUUACGAGACAGCAAAGCGGGGCCAUCAGUCAGUCAGCAAGACGGUGCAGCAGCACGAAACCAGAGUACUCGAGCUGGAAACACUUCGCAGCCAAGACCGCCAAAGACUUCACGGUCUUGAGAGGCAGUACAAGGAGCAGUUGCUCGAGCGUAAUAAUUUGCUCUACGCGUUGUGGAACCGCCUGUCCACACUGUGUGGUGCCGAGUGGUGUCGCAAUAACGCUCUUGUUAAUGGUGAGCUUACUUCCAUGGAGCUCAUAUCCAAGAACAUCCAGGGUUUCAACAAGAACAUAAUCUUGGCUGUCAAGACCGUUGAGGGCAUCAUUGGAGGCUUUAAGAUCCGGAUACGAACAAUGGAGAAAGAUUUGAUCCGGGACUACCAAACUCUGGAGCAUACUCUAGAUGUUCGUGUCAAGCGAUUGGAUCAGCUCGAAAGGAUGGUCCAGGCACAGCGACAAUCCAUGUCGAUUGGUCGACCAAGUACCGUCCGUGGCGGGCUUGUUGACGUCAACUCCACAGAAGUAACAAAGCUUCGAACGGAGAACAAGAAUCUGCGCACAGAAGUCCAGACCCUUCGUGCCAUCACCACAACUACGCAAUCCGGCAAUGAAGUCAUCGUCAGCCGUUCGCCCUCCCGCAAUGGCUCGCCGACGUCAACGAAACGAGCUAGCAUGGCACAAACCCUUCUCCGCGCGCAGUCCGCUUCCGUCGUUGAACAGCUCCAAAACCAACCAACAGGGCACCCGUACCCCGCAGCAGGACCGCUUCAACCUAGUGAGCAGAAAUGGAUACAUCGUCUCAAGGAGCUGGAGCGCCGAUUGAAAGCCGAGCGAGAAGCCAGACUUCUCGAUCGCAGUGGUGCGAGGAAGCGUCUGGAACAGAAAGUCGAAGAAAAUGCCGAUCUACGAGCCAUGCUAGAAAAGGAGCGAGAGCUAAAGGGCGAAGACGGGGAAAGUGUAAUCAGAAGUGCAUCGGCCGCCGGAAGCCGCACCGGUAGAAGUGGGCGACAAAGCGUGGCUCCCAGCAUGAGACAGGAGCGUGAAGAGUCAUCGGACAUGUAUUAG